UCUCAACUCCCAUUAAUAUAUAAAUCCCUUAACCACCCCUUUUCUCUCUCAGCUUGAGGUUCCCUUCUCCAAAGAGAAAGAACAGCAAGCAAUCGUUACCCAUUACCUAUUUCACUUUCUUUCCACACCACUCUCAUCCUAUAUCUCUUUCUUCCUUAUUCCUCUGUCAAGCCACUCGAUAAUAUGCAGAGUCUUUCACCACCUACUUCCAACGCGCUCAAUUUGAAGCAUGUUUUUCGCCCGCGACUUGGCGCGUCAAGCCGAAUCUCUGUCAAAUGCGCUUUUGGGUUUGAGCCGGUGAGCUACGGAGUCGGCUCCAGCCGAGCCGAUUGGCAGAGCUCCUGCGCCAUCUUAGCCAGCAAGGUCGUUUCUCAGGAACAACCCUCCGCUGACCAGAACAGCGGCACCACCGACCACAUCGCCGCCGUCAACGGUCACAAAGCCGCCGUCAGCGACUUCCAACUCGUUCCAAUUGGAAACCUAGCAGAGGCCAACAACAAGCCGCUCCCGCCGAAGCCGCUCACGAUCUCCGACCUCUCGCCGGCCCCGAUGCACGGCUCCAAGCUCCGCGUCGCGUACCAAGGCGUUCCCGGCGCGUACUCUGAAGCCGCUGCCGGCAAGGCCUAUCCGAACUGCGAGGCCAUUCCGUGCGACCAGUUCGAGGUGGCGUUCCAGGCGGUGGAGCUCUGGAUCGCCGAUCGGGCGGUUUUACCGGUUGAAAACUCACUCGGCGGUUCGAUCCACCGGAACUACGAUCUCCUCCUCCGCCACCGCCUUCACAUAGUUGGCGAGGUCCAGCUCCCGGUCCAUCACUGCCUCCUCGCUCUCCCCGGCGUCCGAAAGGAGUUCCUCACGCGCGUGAUUUCGCAUCCGCAGGCACUCGCGCAGUGCGAGCACACUCUCACCAAACUCGGCCUGAACGUGGCGCGCGAGGCCGUGGACGACACCGCCGGCGCUGCCGAGUUCGUCGCCAGCAACAAUCUCCGCGACACCGCCGCCAUCGCGAGCGCACGCGCGGCGGAGCUCUACGGCCUGAACGUGAUGGCGGACGGAAUCCAAGACGAUCCGAGCAACGUCACGCGGUUUGUGAUGCUCGCGAGAGAGCCUAUCAUCCCGCGCACGGACCGUCCUUUCAAGACGAGCAUUGUUUUCGCACACGACAAAGGAACUUCGGUGCUUUUCAAAGUGCUUUCCGCGUUCGCGUUUCGCAACAUCAGUUUGACGAAGAUCGAGUCGCGGCCGCACCGGAACCGUCCGAUUAGGCUGGUGGAUGACGCGAACGUUGGAACCGCGAAGCACUUUGAGUACUUGUUCUACGUUGAUUUUGAGGCUUCCAUGGCUGAGGUUAGGGCACAGAACGCGUUGGCAGAGGUGCAGGAAUUCACGUCUUUCUUGCGAGUGUUAGGGAGUUACCCUAUGGACAUGACACCCUGGACACCUUCCUCCCGGGGAGACUAGCAUCGUCUUUUUCCCCUCUUGCCAAAACCAUGUAUUAAAUGUGUCAUAUGAAUUCUGAAUUUUGUGAAUAAAAAAAAAACAAAAACUGAUUAUUUAAUUAUCUCUUUCUUACACUCUUGCACCAUAUAUUUCCAUUGGUGUUGUUCUUGUAUCUCUGUAUUGUUUUUAAAUUUUAGGAUUAUGCAAUGAAUUAUUUAGAAUUAAGAGAUGAAGAGAAUACGUUGAUAUUGUACGCAGAGGCUGAAGAAUUAGAUACGUGGUAGUGUGAUAUAAGCUAGAACGGGUAGUUGGCUUAAUUUAAAUGCCUUUGUAAUAAUUGGCUGUACACUGAAAUGACCACUUUGGUUGGUGAAUACUUAAGUUUUUCUAUAUGAAAAAAGUGUA